CAGACUUUGUGAGUGCUUUCCUUCCUUCUGUCGGAGCUUCAGCUGCUGCAGUCAUGGCUGCUGAUGGGAUUGACGAGCGUUCUCCUCUCAUUUCUCCCAGCUCUGGCAAUGUCACCCCUACAGCACCUCCAUACAUUCAGGAAAACAACCUGCAAGCUGAAUUGCCACCUCCAUAUACUGCCAUUGCCAGCCCAGAUGCCGGCGGAGUUCCUGUGAUAAACUGUCGCGUGUGCCAGUCUCUUAUUAAUUUGGAUGGCAAGCUUCAUCAGCAUGUGGUGAAAUGCACAGUCUGCAAUGAAGCCACGCCAAUCAAAACCCCACCUUUAGGAAAGAAAUAUGUCAGGUGUCCAUGUAAUUGUCUUCUUAUAUGCAAGGAUAUAUCACGGAGAAUAGGAUGCCCAAGACCAAACUGCAGACGUAUCAUUAAUCUUGGUCCUGUGAUGCUGAUUCCUGAAGAGCAGCCAGCCCAACCCGCUCUCCCAGUCCAGCCAGACGGUACCAGGGUAGUAUGCGGUCACUGUGGGAACACAUUUCUGUGGAUGGAGCUGAGGUUUAACACACUGGCAAAGUGCCCACACUGCAAAAAAAUCUCAUCUGUUGGUAGUGCGCUCCCACGUAGACGCUGUUGUACAUAUAUCACAAUGGGAAUGAUCUGCAUCUUUAUUGGAGUUGGUUUAACAGUCGGAACACAAGACUUUGCACGGCGCUUCCAUGCCACAUAUGUCUCCUGGGCUGUCGCUUAUCUUGUAGGCUUAGUAUGUCUUGUCCGUGCUUGCUAUUGGGGAGCCAUAAAGUUCAGUUAUCCAGAACACAGCUUUGCCUAGAAGUCUUCAGAAGAACGCAAAAGCUAUUCUGGAUCGAUCUGAAUUUUUAACUCUUACUUGGCUGCAGAGAUACAAGAUGCUGCACCGCAGCUCUCGCCAGCCUUGAAAUGUUCCAACAUCUUUAUUUAGAUAUUCUUACCCACUUCUUGUAGGCUGAGGAACAAAGAAACUGUUUGAGACAGUGAAACGUAAGCAAAUAUCCAUUGCACUAUAUUGUAUGCAAAUAGUUUUGUUUUGCUGCUAGACUUCCAGGCUCUGAAUAUCUAAGCCGUGUUUAUAUGUUCAGACGUGUGCAUCGUUACCUAAUACGUUGUGUUAACGUCAAUUUCCGUUUUUUGGUACAAUUUGAUUUUCCUUUUUUGGAUCAUUCCGUGGGUCUUGUGUAACUGUUUAAAACAAGUAGGUUUAUCUACAAGGGUUUGUACAGUGGCUUUAUAUUUACAUUUUACUGUAUAUAGUAACAACCUGCUUUUAAAGUUCCAUUGUUACUGCAUUUCAGAGAUGUCCCACCUGAACUUCAACCAAAUUCAUCCCAGCACUCAAAGUGAAAAUACAUCUUACUGAGAAUGAAAAGAGAACAGAAGCUCAACAAAGAAUUAGUCUAGAUAUGUUACACCAUGUAUUUCGGGCUUCUGUACCAGCCCAAGGAAGCCACAGCCCUUUAGCAGUAAACUACAGCACUUCUAGCCUUAAACUGAUUUAGGCUUUAGUUCUCCUUUAUGGUCUAUCUCUUUAAAGGAACAGUUCAGUGUAAAAAUAAAAACUAGGUAUAUAUAUAUAGGUUAUGCAAAA